ACACCGCCCACCCCUUUUCCCCUAGGUAAUGAGGUCUAAGAGGUUGUCUUGUGGACGGAUUCAUCUAAUGGGAGAAGUGUUCUUUAAAUUAAAAGAUCCGCUAGAAUUUACUCUUUUUUUGGAGCCAAACUUUUAUUUCACCUCCUGCUGACGGAUAGUGAUCAUUGUUUGCCCGCUUGUGGCGAGGUUAUCAACUUCAGAAUGUCGGCACGGAAAGACUUUGCAAAUCAAGAUGCACAACAGCAGAUGGAAGAAACUGAGUUUCAGCACAUUUUGGGCGAAAUUGGGGGUAGAGAGAGGAUUUUCCUGGUAAGUGAUGUUUGUCAGCAAGGAAUGUCUUCGGUGCUGGAAGAGUUUUUAAAUGACAUGUUUCCUUCUGCUUAUAAGCCACCUAUGCGUAGAUGCGGAGCUGACAGCAUACCUGACAAUAACAGUAAUGGUACGGUUAGUAACGCUACAAGAAACGACCGUGCAGCUUGUUUUAGGUCCCAAAAACACGUUCCCGAAAAGGACGAAACAUCUCUUACUGGGAGGCCGGAAGGAUCGGAGUUCAAUCGCAUGACCCCUGGGGUGGAUAGCGACCGGACUCAGCAGGGCAGAAAGGCACGCUGGAAAAUUGGCAAAGCCUGUCAGGCCAAAGAGCGGGCCAUAGACUCGCCUGUUAUAAUCUUUAUUUUCAGGCACGAGUUUGUGUCUUGCAAAGCAAACCGAAUCUGCCUGAAGGAGAUCCUGAAGGACGUGAAAGCUCGUAGCCGGAGAGCGGACGACUUGCCAGCUGUGCUCGGCUUGAUUCACUCGAGGAGCGAGACCGCAGAGACCAGCGAGUCGGUCCGGAUUCUGGAGCGCUCAAUGCGGACGGUGUUCCGAAAACAGUCCCCCGAUUCGGUGUGGGUCGGGCACUUCAUACCCAACAAAGGGGACGGAAUGCUGGAGAUCAAGAGAAACGUCUGCAAAGCAGUGCAAGCGUCUCCUCGCACAGGUAAACUAAGGGAUACGGAAGAAGGAAUCCCACUGACAAGUUCCAUCUCUGACCUCCGACAGAUUGAUUCCAUGGUGAACAGUCUUGAGAGCCAGGCCUGAAGAAAACUGAGCCAAUGAGCAAUCUUUUGUGACUUGGGGUAAAAGUGUUGACCUCAGCUUAAGAUACUAACGUUUACAAGGCAUUCACUGCCAGUUUACAGACAAAAUAGCUGCAGUUCUCAGAAAAUUGUAACUGGAAACUGAUUUCUUGGCAUGACAGUCUUAUAAGACCUUAGUGAGCGGUUGAUUGUUUAUAUUUCUUCUUAUCAGGAGAAGUUGAAGAAAAAGACCAACUCAAAUGAAUCAGGCUGGAUAUAAAGGACAAAUACAAGGUUAAUGCUGUCCUUCAAGUGUGUGUAAGAUCAGGAGAGUCCUCAGCAGAUAUAUUGUCUGCAGCUCCCUGGUCUGUUACAAAUGCAUCAUCACAUCCGUCUUCAUGAAGAGGAGACUUGUUGAGUUUCUCCACAUCUCCUGGAGUAAUCACACAUGCCAGUGUGUUAUGUAGAAAUAUUAAUGAAGGAUUGGGAAAUCUCUGGCAAUCACAAAGGGCAGGAGCCCCUUUAGAAAUGAGCUUUCAUUUCUGUGGUUCAUCUGUGUCCCUGUCAACAUUGUCCAUAUUUACAAAAUGUUGAAUUUUUAAUUUAUUUGGUUGACACUUAUACCCAAAGCAACUUUCCCAGCUGGAAAUGUAUUUUUACUGGAGCAAUUUAGGUGAAGUACGUCUCUCCUGGGAUCUGAAGCCACAACUUUCCAAUUACUCCAGAACCCUGACCACUGCUCCACACUGCUGUCUUAGUCUAUAUUACACGAUACAGUAUUUUACUUACUGUUGUUUUAAGCAGUAAAUAAAGUACUGUACAACUUAAAUAUUGAAAUCUUAAAAUGCAAAGAAGAUUUGGAUUCAAACAGAUGUUAGUCCUUAGUAGGAAAGCGAUAAACCUGUGAAACCGUCAAGGACUAGUUUCUAGGGAUUUGUUCUGCAGCUUUCUUAACACAUUGGUACUGUAUCUCAAUUUCUCUAACAAGGUCAAUUAAUUGAAACUGAGAUACCUGUAGGAAAGAUGUUGAGUUUAAUUUAAUUUCUCUGAUAUCAGCUGAAAGACUGAUUCAUCUCAAAGUUAGUUUACAAUGAUCGCUGGUGCAAAUUGCAAAUUGCUGUCAGAUAAGUAAAAUACUGAAAAUAAAUUUUCAAUUUUUACAGUAUAUUAAUGAAUUUGAACAUCAUGUAUUUAGAAAAUGGAUGUAAUUGUUUUUGCACAGUUAUGGAAAUGACAUAUUCAGUUCUCCCUUUCAUACAUUAUCAUUUUAAUUUUUAAAUAUUGAAAUAUUGGUAGACCUGCACUUUUCCUUGUUAAAUGAAGUUUUAGUUAUGGUUUAUCAAGAGCGUGAAUCCAUUAGGAUUAAUGUAUUUAGCACCUAAAGUAAUUUUAUGUACUCUUAGAUAAUACUCAGGGCUUUUUAGAUACAUUUUCAUUUUGAUAUAUAUGGAACCUAAUGGCCUUUGAACCUAAUGAACCUUUGUAACCUUUAUUUUGUUCUUACCUAUUGUAAAUAUUUAUGUAUCUUUAAAAAUAUAUAGACAAAAAAAUGAUGAAGUUUAAGAUAACUAAAUCUUAUUUUACAAAUAUAAACACAGUAAAAGUACUAUAUAUUUGAUUAGGUUUUAAUUACUGAUGCUUCUAUACUUGAAGAACAUUGUAUAUUGUCAUUUGUAUUUUUUAAUCUUUAGUAAUCUUACAGUACGAUAUAAUGCUAACCCAGUAAUAUGUAACACCAGUGAAGUUUAUGCUAGCAUUGCAUUCUAAAAUAAUAAUCAGUGCUAUAAAAACAGACAAUCUUUUUUAUUAGCUCCAAAUUAUUGUGAACAUUUCCUUUUUAUUUUGCUUUUUGUCAAUCUAUGUGGGGAAGUAUAGAAGUAAUGGAUUCAACUAAUAAAAGAUUAUAUAGCUA